UCGAGAGUUGGCCGAGGAGGGAUUUGGCGGAUCAGCGGUGGUGGAGAGCCUGCAGGUGUGCUUCUUGUCCUCAGGACGACGACGACUGCAGCGACACACGUGUGCACUUGGAGUUUCUGGGGACCGAUCGGGGACCUGCUGGAGGUAAAUCAGCAUUUAGGAGGUAGAGGGGGGAACACUCGUUCCUCAAUGGAACGGGGGGUGUGCGCGCCAGGAAGGCGUGGACCCGUGUCUUGGCUGUGGCCGGAUCGACGGCAGGGAUCCCAGCACGGUGCUUGGCGAGGGUCUGCAACGGUGGAAAAAAUAAAAGAAAAAGGAGCGCGGUGAGAAGAAGAAAGCUUUCGGUUUUGUGACUUGUCGGCUAUUUGUACUUGUAUGUACGAGUGUCAGCGCGUGGCUUAAUCGCGCCCAACCUCCACAGCCCUCGUUUCUACUCUCCUGUCCCUUGUCACCGUCUGUGCGUGCGGUUCGGAACGCAUCGUUCAGAAGGACCAAAAAAAUGACGCGAGCUGUCGUCGAUGAAGGCGUCAAGACCAGCAGCCUCAUGGACGACGAUCAGAGUGCACGGAGGCUGCUGCCGUCGCUAGAGCGAAUAAACGGGGGCACGAAUCCACCACGGCUGUUUAAAUCGUGCGUCGCGUUUUGUGGGCGGGGCCGGCGUGAAGCCUCGACGGACCAAAGUCUGCCCGUCAUCAACAGUAGCAACAGCAGUAGCAGCAACAAAAGUUACAACCCAAGAACUUGCUGUGUAAUGUGUAGGAGACAGUUGGGACCCGCAGCGUGUCCGCGGCUCGGCAGGAUGAUGGUGCUGAUGGUGCUUGUCCUCGCCGCGGGGGACAUGGUCAGGCAGGCUGAGGGCGCUGCGGUACCAGGGUUCCAGCACGUGCCUGCCGCCGCACACCUCAGGGACAGCGGGCAGAAGGACGACCCCCUGGCUCGCCUGUCCAAGGUCUUCGGCAUCUCUCGCAUCCCUGCGCGGGUGGUGCACCGCACCCCACCACAAUACAUGACGGAGCUGUACCAAGCGGUGGCUGACACCCGCAGUGGACUGACCAAGGCCAAUGGACCGUACAAUGCCAACACCAUCCGCAGCUUCCCGGACAGGGACACGGUCCAACAGCUUCACUUUCACUACAACGUCUCGCACCUGGCGCGCGAUGGGGCGGAGCUGGAGCGCGUGCUGGAGGCUGAAUUCCACAUCUUCAAGAUGAAGCCCCGCCCCUCUCGAUCGGCAGAAACCCCGCCUCCACAUCAUCUUCUGCUGAGGGUGUACCAAGUCUUAGAUAUGGAAAAUAUGUAUUCACCAGAUGGACUGCGCCUGUUGGACGCACGUCGGAUAAGCGCUCAUGCACACGGGUGGCAGACAUUCAAAGUCACAAAAGCUGUAGAAAAAUGGCGCUCGGAGGUCGAACCCAAUCACGGGUUGCUGGUGAUGGCUCAGUCGGCUCAUGGUGAGCUGUACAACGGAAGCUACAUCCGCUUCGCCCAGAGGAACCAGCACCACGACAGCAAACAGCCCAUCCUCGUUGUCUUCACCGACGAUGGCAACAUCAGGGAAUCGUCCUUCGUCUCCGCCAACGACACAGAUUACCUCGAAAUCCAACAGGAGGUAGAGGACGAUGCAGAAGAUCGGCCGGACGACGAGCAGGACGAGGACAUCGAGGAAGGCGAGGCGGAGGAGAGAAAACCACGACAGAGGAACGUCAACAGCCAGCCUUCACGCGCUCGCAGGACUUUCGACACGCGGUGCUGACUCAACGAGCGCGCACGCGCACACGCCACCCAGACGCCCAGCUCCGGGGUUCCCUCCUCAUCCCAAGCGCUGGGCCGACGGCGCCGGAAACGCGAAGCGGAGAGCGGCAGCGGAGGCGGCAGCGGAAAGGGACAGAAGAAGAAGAAACAGCCUAGAGGGCGCCGCAAGCGCAUGUACGACCUGAGCGGCUACAGGUACCGCCGCUCGUGCGCGCGGCACAAGAUGUACGUGGACUUUGACGAGAUCGGUUGGUCAGGCUGGAUCAUCUCGCCCAAAGGCUACGACGCCUACCACUGCUCCGGCGACUGUCCUUUCCCCCUGGGGCAGAGUCAGAAGCCGACGAACCACGCCACCGUUCAGAGCAUCGUGCACGCGCUGCGCGUGGGUAACAACGUGGGUACACCCUGCUGCGUGCCUAACAAGCUUUUCUCCAUCUCUCUCCUCUACUUCGACGACGACGAGAAUGUCAUCCUCAAACAGUAUGACGACAUGGUGGCCGCCAGCUGUGGCUGUCACUGAUGGAGGAGGAAGGACGGAGGAGUGGGGUGGCCCGCGCUAAGGUGCACGUGGACUUUGACGAGAUCGGUUUGAUUAUCUCACCCAAAGAGGCGCUCAGAUCCGAGGGUGGAGGGCUGUGGGGUAGUCUGUUGCGUCGUUCAAUCAGGACGGUAGAGCGGUGUGGUGUGGUGCGGUGCUGCUAGAGUUAGAGUUUUGUCAACUAGCGAAGUACCAGUGCCCACCUCGCACCAUCUGAUGUCAUGAAAGUCGGCAACAAUACUGACAGGCAGAUCCCCUGUAUAUCCAGCGCUGACGUGGACAGUGCAAAGCUUCAGAUUGGUCAGUGGUGUCCCGAAGGAUGUUUUGAAAACAGAACUUGAGUGGAAUAUGCUGACUUAGACACAGCACACCAUGAAGAAUAUUUACUUCUUGCGAAGAUGUUUUUCAAGACACUAUGCGCGGAAAUUGCACGUGUGUGAUACGCAGGAUACUUCUUUCACGGACUGAAGUCUGGCAUAAGUACUGGUGGUACCGACUGCAGUUUUGAAGGUUCUAACGCGCUAUAAACAAUGCAAAAUAAUUGUAACCAGAAGGGAGAAUUGUGAAGUACUUUUGCUACACAAUGGAGUAUAUGGAGACUUUGGUACAGCACAAGUGAGAAGAGAUUACCACUGGUGUGUCAACGGAUGCUGAGGUACAGUGGCAGUGGCAGACUGAGGGAUGGUUUAAUUUCCAAGAAUUGUAUAUGUUGGUCUAACCACCACAGAACAUAAAAGUGGUGACAAAGCUUUUAAGUCCAACUUUUGUACUAAACAGACCGAUAACAUGCUACUAAACUAGCAUACAUGUGCAAAAAAGAGAUUCGCAAGAGCUGAAAACAUUUCGUUCGACUCUCGGGGGAGCUUGUCAAGGAAAUCUUCCACAACUACUGUCAGCAAUAUUGCAGUCCAGUUCUCCUUAUGAUGCAAGAAUGACCAAGGAGGUUGGUUGUCCGUGGAUGACAAGACUUGAGUAAGUGCUGCUGCUGCUGCUGCUGUACCGGGGACUCAGAUGAUGGACAUCCCACGAACCGCAGACACCGCAGCUGUGAAAGACUUAUAGACUUGCUGAAGUUUGGAGGACACUGUCAAGUGGUCAAGCCCUGCGGCUGACUUCUCCGUGGUCUCCACACCUUGUUUCGGUUUUAUGUGAUUGACACGAUGCCACAUGUGUGGCAAAGGUUAGAACUCCUCUGGAAAGAGGUCACUGUGUUGGGAUGACGAGGCUGACGAGUGUUCAGUCUUUAGCUGCCAUAACAUUCUGGGAGUACCAGAAGAAGACGUGCAUGAAACUGUCUGCUGGCGAUAUUUAAAUAAGAAUUUUGUUGGCAGUCUCUGAUGAAAUUUCACUAAGAACAGCUCGGAAGUCUUACAGAAGGACAGCAUACGAGCAUCUGGUAUUCUUCAGAAGUAGUGAAGUAUUGGACAUUAGAGGUAUUUUGGCAGCCCCGAAUUAGGGCGCUGUUUGAAUUCUUGUGACUUAUUUAAUGUCGCUUAUUUAAGUGAACUAUGA